AUGACCAUUACCAACCACAAGGUGUACCGCAUCAGACUGGGGAUUCCAAGGUCACACCUCCGACCGAUAAAGACCCCCCUGUACGGCUUUGCUGGAGAAAAGGUAAUCUCUGAAGGAGCCAUCUCCCUCCCCGUGACCGUGGGAGAAGGACAACAUCAAGUCACCCUCAUGGUGGACUUCCUCAUUAUCAAUGUGCCAUCAGUGCAUAACAUCAUUCUGCGUAGACCUUCUCUCAAUGCAAUGAGGGCAGUCAUCUCCACCUAUCAUCUAAUGAUGAAGUUUCCCACCGAGGGCGGAACAGGUUACCUCCGAGGUGAUCAGCAUGAAUCUCGAAGAUGUUAUGCUAUAGUAGUAAAAAAAGGGUCCGUGAAACAAGCAUUCACUGUCAACAUCCUAGAUCCCAGAGGACCCACAGAGGACUCACCGGUGGAAGACUUGGAGAAAGUACCAUUCGAUGAAGCAGACCCGAGCAAGAUCGUUCAGCUCAGAACUUCAUUAAGUUCUGAACAGUGGUCCGAAAUGUUAACUUUCCUACAACGACAUAAGGAUGUCUUUGCGUGGUCGCAUAGGGAUAUGGCCAGGAUCUCCCCGGAUGUCAUGGUCCACAGGCUGAAUGCAGACCCAGAUUGCAAACCCGUGAAACAAAAGAGGAGACCGUUCGAUGCCGAGCGGUACGAAGCCAUAGCCGACAAAGUCUCCAUCCUGCUUGACGUUGGCUUCACAGAAGAGGUACAUUAUCCCGAUUGGAUCGCAAACGUGGUCCUCGUCAAGAAAGCCAAUGGGAAAUGGCGGGUCUAUGUAGAUUACUUGGAUUUGAACAAGGCAUGUCCGAAUGAUAGCUUCUCGUUGCCUCGGAUCGAUCAGCUGGUAGAUAGCACAGUGGGGCACGAACUACUUUCCUUCCUGGAUGCUUACUCUGGGUAUAACCAGAUCGCUAUGCAUCCUCCAGAGAAGCAGAAGACUACCUUCGUCACUGACAAGGGACUCUAUUAUUACCGGGUCAUGUCAUUUGGCCUGAAAAACGCUGGGGCCACGUAUCAAAGGUUGGUGAAUCAAAUGUUUGCCAAACAAAUUGGGCAUACUAUGGAAGUGUACAUCGAUGAUAUGCUUGUAAAGAGCAUCAAGGCGUCCGAUCACUUGGCAGAUCUCUGGAAAACUUUCACUAUCCUCCGAGAAUACUAG